AUGUUGAUAUUAGUUUCAAUCAUCAGUUGUAUUCUUUUAUUAUUCUCGAACGUUUUUGGAGGACAAGAAUUUUCAAUAUUUAAUAAUGAUAUAUGUGAUCCACCAUCAUCAUGGACUUCAUGGUUUAAUACACAAAAUCCAAUGUUAAAUAAUGGAAAUGAUAAGGAAGAUUUAGCACACAUUCGAGUAUUAUAUAAAGAAGUAGAUCGAUGUAAAACUGUUUCAAAUGUUCAAUAUUCUAUAGUACAAAACCCAAGUAAUGCAUCUGUAUCCUAUCAAACAUUAAUUAAUUAUAAUGGUCUAUUUUGUAUGGGUUCACGUGCAUCAUCUUGUCCUAAUUAUCAAGUUCGUUUCUGUUGUCCACGUGCAGAUCAGGGUUCGAUUAAACAAUGUGGUCAAACAUUUCGACAACCUUAUCUACAUGCAUCUAUUCGUAUAGUUAAUGGCAUUAUAUCUAAUCCACAUUCGUUUCCGUGGGCUGUUUCAUUACAAUAUAAACUUCUUCAUGAUUGUGGUGGAGUAAUUGUUGACCAAUUGAAUAUUUUAACUGCUGCACAUUGUCUGGAUUAUUCCAAUGAUCUUGGUAAUUAUUUUGUUCGUGUUGGUGCUCAUGAUCGAACUUCAUCUGGUCAACUUAUACCUAUUGCACAACUUAUUUUACAUCCACACUAUAAUGAAGCUCGUUCAACAAAUGAUAUUGGAAUUAUUAAAUUAGCCAGACCGAUUAAUUUUACAGAAACAAUUCAACCAAUUUGUCUCUUGGAUAAUAUUGUUGAGCCACCACUUGAUACAACCGUUUAUGUUGCUGGUUGGGGUAAUACUGUGUUUCAAAUGUGGGAUAGUUCAAGUUCAGUUCUUCGUCAAGCUCGACUUCGUGUCAUUUCCAAUUGUUCGAUGUAUUUUGCUUAUGAAUCUCAGAGACAAAUUUGUGCUGCUACCAAUGGUCCUGCUGAUAUAGAUCAUGGAUCCUGUCAAGGUGAUAGUGGUGGUGGUUUGUUUUAUUUGAAAAAUGAACGUUGGUAUGUUGCUGGUGUAGUUAGUUACGCUACUGGAUGUGGACAAAAAGCAUUUCCAACUGUAUUUACUAAAACAUCAGCUUAUAUUGGUAAUCUUCCAACAGCGGAACAAAUUUUACAUCCAAGUGAUUUAAUUGAAUUAAAAAAAUGCAUAUAUGCUUCACAACGAUCAUCAUUACCACCGAUUUGUACACAUAAUGUAUGUGAUGAUAUUAAUGAUCCUAUAUUAAAUGCAUUACGUCGUUGUCAGUUAUUUAAUGCACGCUUUGAUCGAGUUAAAGUUAUAUUUCAUCCUGAAUUCUUACGUUCAACAAGUCCACUAUUACCACUUGAUUAUGAAGAAUUUGUGCGUGGUUGUCAUUUGGGUGUAUUUCCAUCGUAUUAUGAACCAUGGGGUUAUACACCAGCUGAAUGUACUGUUAUGGGUAUACCAAGUAUUUCAACAAAUUUAAGUGGAUUUGGAUGUUUCAUGGAAGAACAUGUUAGUGAACCACAAACAUAUGGUAUUUAUGUUGUUGACAGACGAUAUAAAGGUCCUGAAGAAUCAUGUCAACAACUUUCACAAUAUAUGUUUGAUUUUUCACAAUUGACAAGACGACAGCGUAUUAUUUUACGUAAUCGUACAGAACGUUUAAGUGAAUUAUUAGACUGGAAUACAUUAGGAAUUUAUUACUAUCGAGCUCGUCAAAUGGUUUUACAACGUACUCACCCUGAGUUUGAAGAAGAAUUGCUCAAAAUUACAAAUGAAAGUUUUUCUGCUCCAUCAACACCAGCUGUAUCUCGUUCAUCAACACCAGCACCACCUGAACAUGAUGAAGGAACUGAUGAUGAAGAAGAACAAGAUUCAUAUGAUAAGACACACAUUGAAGCAAAAACACCACCGAUCCAUGAACCAGACGACGAACCACAUUUGGAACGUGCUGAUUCAGUUCGUCUUCUUCCAAUGAGAAAAAAAGUUCAGAAUGAUACUGAUCAUGCUGCAUCUGCUACUGGGCCUAAGCUUCAAUCAACAAUUACAGAUGCUAAUGAUGAUGAAGUUCAUGAAAUAACAAGUAGAAAAGGCCAUCAAGGAAUUACGUAUGUUAGUACAAGUAACAGUAAACCUGGUUUAUUACCUGAUGCUCAUACAACUGCAUUAAAUGAUAAGCUCAAUUUAGGCUUACCAGAUCGUGGUACAUUUUCAGAUUCACAUGAUGGUAAAAAACAAGCACCAAAUAAUGAUACAAGCUCUUCAAUAUCAACACAAAAAGAUUUUUCAUUACCUGAUACAUUUCUCGGUUCAUUAGGCGGCGCUGACACAGCUUCAUUUGAACCAACAAGUACUAUCGGUGCUCAAUAUUCAUCCGCUUUCAUUGAUCAACAAGCUGCAAAAUCAAUAGGUAAAGAACAAAUAUAA